AGUGGAUAGGGCACUGCAUUGACAGUAUAUAUUGUGUAAAGUGUAAACAGUUGCUAUAUUCGACAGGAAUUUGUGAGAAAUGGGAGAAUCUCUACCUGAAGGCUGGACAGCCAGACAAUCUUCUUCAAAUCCUGGAAAAACCUACUAUAUAAACAGCUUCACAAAGCAGUCGCAGUGGGAGGUGCCCACGGAAGCAGCAGAACCUCACUCUGAGGACAUGAUGCGCUGCUCCCAUCUGCUGGUGAAACACGAGGGAUCACGCAAUCCUAAAUCGUGGCGCCAGGACGGUGUGAUCACGCGCACCAAGGACGAGGCUAUGGAAUUGCUGAUGGGCUAUCGCAAGCGUAUUGAAGAUGGAGAGGACUUUGGCACACUUGCGAAAGAGUUUAGCGACUGUGGUAGUGCACGUAACUGUGGCGACUUGGGACCAUUUGGCCCAGGACAGAUGCAAAAGGCCUUUGAGGAUGCCACGAAGGUGCUCUCUGUCGGCGAGAUGUCUGGCGCUGUUGAUAGCGAUUCCGGCCUUCACAUUAUAAAGCGCACAGCGAUUCAAUAAGUCAGAUAUCAACAAGAGGACGGCGAUACUGCGAAUCGAAUAAAGUGCGGAGUCUGAUUGCCUCUAAAAGUUUCAUUGAGCGCAUAGCAGCGCAACCACCAGAUUCUAGCCACCCCGAACCAACAGAUUUUGUACAUUCCGGUGACGAUAUGAAUGUUAAUUACUGACACCGCUAUCGAAUAGUGUCUGUUUAAGCAUGGAGUUAGGGGUGAUCACUUAUACUUCCUUUGUCAGGCAUGAUGCAGGCGCGCUCAUUGAGUUGUACCGUAAGUUCUCGAUGCAAUAAGUAAAACCGAUCUGUAGCAGCG